ACCUCUCAUUUGUGUACAAAAAACGCAGGAGAAAGGUUGGCUCGGGAGUUGUCGUCGUCGGUCUCAGUGUUUCGUUCGUUUCGUUCCGUUUGUUCCCGUUGCGCGCAAACAAAACCAACCAAAUUCAAAAUGUUUUAACGGAAAACAGCAAAUUCGAAAAACUCUUAACGUUUAAUUAAUGCCAAAUAAAAUACGCAAGCAUCUUGUGGAUUCUCGUUAGCAUUUCGCGAGUUCGUUUAGUUCGAUUAAAAUAGUUUCAAACACCAAGAAAGCCAUUACCAUGGGUCUAUCGGAUAUACCAGCCAAUUACAUGCAGGGCAGCCACCCGCACCUGAACCUGCAUCCGCAGCAGCAGCAGCACCAAAACCAGCAGCACUUGCAGCACCUACAACAGAUGCAGCAGCUCCACAACGCCAUGCCCACUCCCGCCCAGCAGGCAGCCCAGGUCCUGGCCCUCGAGAGCAACGAGCUCCUCAUGAGCACCAAGGACAAGCUCUCCAGCAAGAAGAAGAUGCACUUGCUCAAGAAGAUCAAGAAGCGCUUCGGAUUGGUUCGCCGCUCACCCUCCUCCUGUCCUGGUCCCAACAACCUGCCUCCGCUGCAAUUCCACACCGUGCAUGGCGACAACAUUCGGAUUUCCAGGGACGGAACUCUGGCGCGUCGCUUCGAAAGCUUCUGCCGCGCGAUCACCUUCUCCGCCCGUCCAGUUCGCAUCAACGAGAGGAUCUGCGUGAAGUUCGCGGAAAUCUCGAACAACUGGAAUGGCGGCAUUCGCUUUGGGUUCACCAGCAACGAUCCCGUCACGCUGGAGGGAACGCUGCCCAAGUACGCCUGUCCGGAUCUGACGAACAGGCCCGGCUUCUGGGCCAAGGCUCUGCAUGAGCAGUACUGCGAAAAGGACAACAUCCUCUACUACUAUGUGAACGGAGCUGGCGAUGUGAUCUAUGGGAUAAACAACGAGGAAAAGGGCGUGAUACUAUCCGGCAUCGAUACGAGGAGUCUGCUGUGGACGGUGAUCGAUAUCUAUGGCAACUGCACGGGCAUUGAGUUCCUGGAUUCCCGCAUUUACAUGUACCAGCAGCAACCGACGGCGAUGCCAAUUGCCGCCGUGCCCGCCCAGCAACAGCAGCUGGCCCAGCCGGCUCCCAACGCCUCCGCCGCCCUGAAUCCCCAUCACCCGCAUCAGCAGUCGAGGAGGUCCCUGCCUGGACACACCGGAGCCAUCGAUCACGAUCUGGAGCGCCAUGUGAUGCCGUCGCUGCAGUCGCUGCACUUGGCCGGAAACGGCGGAAGCGUGACCAGUGUGGAACAGGCGGCCAUUGCCCACGAUUUGGCCAACGGACUGCCUCCUCUGCGGUACAAUGCCAACGGACGCCUGAUCCCGGUGCCCUUCCACAACACCAAGGGCCGUAAUGUGCGCCUCUCGCAGGAUCGAUUCGUGGCUUCCCGCACGGAGUCCGACUUCUGCCAGGGUUACGUGUUCACUGCUCGUCCCAUUCGCAUUGGCGAGAAACUGAUUGUGCAGGUCCUGAAAACGGAGCAGAUGUACGUGGGUGCCCUGGCCUUGGGACUGACCUCCUGCAAUCCGGCCAUGCUGCAGCCCUCUGACCUGCCCAAUGACUCGGACUUCCUGCUGGAUCGGCCCGAGUACUGGGUGGUCAGCAAGGACAUAGCAGCUGCUCCUCAGCGCGGCGAUGAGAUCGCCUUCUUCGUAGCGCCCAACGGCGAGGUGAGCAUCAGCAAGAACAACGGACCCGCCGUGGUGGUGAUGCAUGUGGACCAGUCCCUCCAGCUGUGGGCCUUCCUGGAUGUCUACGGUUCGACACAGUCGCUGAGAAUGUUCCGCCAGCAGUUGCCCAACAUGGUUGCGUAUCCGUCGCAGCCGCAGGUGAAUGUGAAUGCCACAAGCUCGUCCUCCUGCAACGCCGCCUCCACUUCCCGCAUGCUGCCUAUGACCGAGUCGAUGAGCAGUCUGAAUGCCGGAGCCACUGCCAAGCUGUUGCAGCACCAUCCCUCACAGUUAAGCGUGGCCCAGAGCACGAGCACCCUGGCUUCUGCUGGCGGUGUCAAUGGCAGCCGCAUGAUCAGCAUGCCCUCCAACGGAGACAUUCUUCAGAUUCAGCCGAAUGGUGGCGGCACCGUACUGGUGGUGAACCUGCCGCCGGCGAGCAGCUCGCACGAUAUCAACGGACAGCUGGCGGCCAGGCCCUCGGCCACGGUGACCUCCAGCGGCAUUUUGGCCGGGGCCUGCUCCAGCGGCACCCUCAUCAGCACCACCAGCAGCCAGUACAUUGAGCCCAUUGCCAACAGCACAAAUAACGCGGCCAACAAGUGGAAGGACAGCCUGAGCGACCAGCAGAGCACCGAUUCGAGUGCCGAGUGCACCAUCUGUUACGAGAACCCCAUCGACUCGGUGCUCUACAUGUGCGGCCACAUGUGCAUGUGCUACGACUGCGCCAUCGAGCAGUGGCGCGGAGUGGGCGGUGGCCAGUGCCCACUGUGCCGGGCGGUCAUUCGGGACGUCAUCCGCACCUACACCACGUAGAAGGGGCGUCGCUGUUUCCUAGCCAAGCAACCAUUACUCGCAAUCAAACCUACUAAAGCUACACACACCACACACACACAAGUUGUUGCAUUUUGAACGCAAUCGAGCGCAAAGAAAAUAAUAUUGAAGAGAUAGGCAAUAUUUUUGCAGACUAAAGAUGAGAUAGUUUACACAGCUAGUUUAGGAUACGAAACUGUCACCUAAUUUAUGCCCUACCAUCUAAAUGUAUAUUUAAUUUUUUGUGAUGUUAUAAGUAAGUGUGCCUAAGAGCCAAAACUAUGUAUUGUUCAAUCCAAUCGAUUUCUUUGUUUUUCAAUUUUUUGCAAACCUUGAACCGCGCAUUUAUGCGUGUGGUAUACUAUAAAACCAAAGUAUUGUUAGGAGUUAUUUGUAAUUUGAAUUUAAAUUGAUUGAAAGUUGUUGCAAAAUGUACUUAUUUUUCUUUACGUCUAAAUUCCAAACAAUGUGCAAAAUUAUCAAACACAAAAAUACUAUUCUUUAUUCGGCGAAUAAUCAUUUUGGUGCUAAGUGUUUUGAAAGACAAAUUAAAAUUGUUAACGGUUUUGAAAAGUUAUGUUUAAGCUUGCAGCAACUAGGAAUAAUCUUAAUUGGGCAUGAAAUUAAAAGAAGCAAUUAUUGACUACUUUCCAGAAAGGAAACGCUUAAGAUUUCCAUAUAAGCCUCGACACAACUCAAAUAUCUGCAGCACAAAAUGUUGAACAAGGAUUGAUCAGAAAAAUACUUAUGCACGAAAACCAAAAUAGAUAACUGCAAGAGCGUGUUAAAAUCUAUUGUUAGUCUAGCCCUAAGUACUUAAGUUAAUUUCUAGUCAACGAAUUAUGCUGAAGUUUAAUCUAGACCCGGACUUCAUCCAACAAAGACACCACACAGAAGACGUAUUAAGCACGCUAACCAAUUUUAAUGAAGCCGCAUUUUAAAUUACACUUAAGUAGAGCACGUAUUUUAAAGCAGAUUUAAAUAUAUUUAACUUUAAACAUAGAACAAAAGACUUGUAUGUUGUACCAACAGCUUGAAUGAAAUAUGGAAAAUGGAAUGCCCAUCUAAAUCAACCAUGCAGUUAGAAAAUUGCCAAUAAUUAAUUAACAAUACCAAGCAGAUCAAACAUAAAGAACAAGAACAGCGGUUAAAACUUUACCUAAGAUUGUAUUAAAACUGAAAAGAAAAUGUAAUAAGCAAAGAACACAAAGAAAGCGCAAAGGAGCGCAAGCUUACUAUUUUUGUUAUAAGUAUGAAUCCGGAUAGGAGAAAAGAAGACAUGUUAUUGCCACUAUUAAUAAAAAACUUUUAAUUUUUUAAAGAAUCAUAGCUCGUAAUCUUACGAUACUGCGCCUAGUUAUGACUAAACAUAUAAAUGUAUUUAUGAAAUUAUAUUUGAUAUAUGUAAGAAAACGCAAUGCUGUAAUACCAUUAAAUCCUGACAAAAAUAUCAGAA